CGAUGUAAAUGACUUGGUCAUGCAAGGAGCCCUCCUAAUUCUUUUCCCGCCUACGCCAUCGUGUGGUUAUGUUCGCCCGGAUGUAAAUAGAGUGAACGAAAGACUUGAAGAAUUAAUCGAACUUGGCUUUGAUUUGACGUAUAAUGUGAUAGGAGAUAUCAUGCAACUUUUUGAAAAUAGAUUAUCAGAUGUUGGCGGCAUUUUUCUGGAAUCUUUUGUUAAAAUCAAAGGCAUAACUGUCAAGGAGCUUCUAGAAAAAAUUUUAAUAGAAUCAAUUAAACCAGAACGAAACUUGAAAAAGUUUGAACUAUGGAAUUUUUUGAAUAUCCAUUUGGAGAAAAUCUAUGAUGAGGAUUUUAACGAAGAAGCGAAAAAAUUACGUAGUAAGAUCGAAUACCAAGAGGACGCAUUCAUGAAAGCGAUGACAGAAUAUAUGGAACAUACCAGCGAAUCAAAUAUUACCAAUAACCCCGAUAAUGAAGAUGAUACCGAGGACGCCCCUAAAAAAUUUAUAACUUCAUUGAAAUUAUUACCUAAAUUUUAUAGUUGGAUUUUAAAAAUCUUUGGAGCGAAUGCAGAAAUAACGAAAGUUUGUUUUGAUGAUAUCCUUAAAACGCGUGUAAGUAUUAAUGAACAACUCAUACAAGAUCUAAAUUCCGAAUUACCACCGAACGGAUGGACAAAAUGCUCAUAUGAGGCUACCGUUAACAUUUGGAAGAUCUUCUGUAAUAGCGGU